AGACCUGAUGUGGAGACUGAUGAGGCCAUCUUGUUAAGGAGACAGAAGCAGAUAGACUAUGGGAAAAACACCAUUGGUUACCAACACUUUGUCCAGAAGGUCCCCAAAGCUUCUCGGCAGUCAGGUGUUCACCCACGUACGCCAAAUAAAUAUAAGAAGUACAGUCGUCGCUCCUGGGACAUGCAGAUAAAGCUGUGGCGAAGGGCACUGCAUACCUGGGAUCCACCAGGGCUGAAUGUAGAAGGGCCUGAGAGGGAAGUGCAAGAACUGGUGACUAAGAGGGGUUCUCUGCUUGACUUCUCAAAUGGCUGCUUUGGUGCCCAAGAGAUGCUAGAAAACCCAUGUGAUGAAGCCUUUGGAGGACAGGUUGCUAGAUUGUCAGCUUCUGGUCACUAUGCUCCAUGGCUCCCUGAGAAUGAUCACUCCAUUGGGGGGAAUUUUGUUGAAGACACCGAAGACUGUUCCUUCUGCCCUGACUGUAGAUAUAAUGUCCCAAGACUAUGGAGGAGCUUGACACCCUUGGCAAGGCAAUCUUUAAAGGAGGAAAAGACCUGA